AUGGCAGGCUCAGGCGUCGAACCCGGACCGCACACUGGCUCCGGCACGGAGGCGACCAACGCAGACCUCUCUGCCCCACAGCGUGCCUCGGUCCUCUCCAACCUCGACUUUUCCGAGAUCGCCAAGAUCCAGCUUCCCCCCGCGUCUGGCAUUGCGGACUAUGCCAUCUUUGACCGGGAUGACGCACGUGCCGUGCACGGCUCCCAACCGUCCUUCACCAAGUCCUUUGAGCCCGAACGCAUUCGCGAGCUGAUCGACGUCUUCGUCCAGGCCACCGCACCUUCCGUCUCGGCCUCUGAGCUGAAAGAGUCGACCCGGGAGAUUGAGCUCGCCGGUAAAACGUUCACCAUCUCCGGCCCCCGUGGCGCCCAGUACCCGCUCGAAAUCGCCACCCUCCACGCCAAGGACGGUGGCGAGGUCUACUUUGUUGCACCAACCGCAACGUUGUUGCUCCUCUUCCAGACCGCACCGGGCGCAGAUGUGCAGUAUCAGAGCAACGAGAAGCAGGGCGUUUGGACCGCUGUUAGGUCCUUCGCUUUUGCUCUCUCCGAAAAGGGCCUCUAA